AUGAUUGAAGUCCUCUUUCAGAUUCGUCGUGACGGUUGGAGAGACCAUCCCACUGUGUUACCAGAACUGGAUCUCAUUGAAGAAGAUGACCAGCUUACACACACGCUCUCUCUUCUCGACCAGGUGGACCCCGAAGACGGUUUAAACAUCUACCACUUUGACCCUGACUAUGAAGCCAAUGAGGAGAAGUAUGCGGCCAUCCGCUCCUCCAUCUCCGCUGACGAAGGUGCACAUCGUCUUCUACAGCUAAAAAUCAAGCCGGGUGAGGAAUAUGAGGUCGCCUCAAUGGUGUUGGACUGCUGUGCCCAGACGCGCUCCUACGAGACACGUUAUGGCAGUCUGGCGCAGCGUCUCUGUCGUGUGAUGCUCUUCUCUGGCGAUAAACCUAAGCCUGGGGAGCAGAAAGCGAGUUCUGAAACGUCGUCGGAGCCCCCACGAACCUACGUGGCACAGUUCGAAAAGAUUUUUGGCGAGCAGUAUGCCACCAUUCAUCGGCUAGAAACAGCGAAGCUGAAAAAUGUCGCCAUGUUCUUUGCACACCUCCUCUUUACUGAUGCAAUCUCUUGGGGUGUGCUUGAAUGUGUGAAGCUGAAUGAGCGGGACACCUCAUCAUCAGGGAGAAUAUUUCUGAAGUACCUGUUCCAGGAGCUCUGCUCUUUCAUGGGAUUGGCAAAGUUGCAAGCGCGGUUGAGGGAUGAGACCUUGCAACCCUUUUUUACUCAUCUCCUACCGAGGGAUAAUCCGAAAGAUACGCGAUUCGCCAUAAACUUUCUCACCACAAUUGGCUUAGGUGGAUUAACUAUUGAUUUAAGGGAACAUUUACAAGCUACAAGGGCGGCUGGAGAGAAAGCAAAAUUGGCUGAGGCCACAGAUCUACACAGUUCAGGUUCCAGUUCAUCGUCAUCAAACUCUUCAGAUUCUUCUUCCGACUCAUCUGAUUCCUCUUCCUCCUCUUCCUCGUCGUCAUCGUCCUCUUCCUCGUCUUCAAGUGAAAGUGAAGAUUCGCAGGCCGAAAAGUCGGGAAGGAAGAUAGAAGAUAGGAAGAAAAAGGUAGAGCGACGAGGAUCUAGAGAGCGUCAUCAUCACCAUCCGACACCUCCACCGAAGUCGUGCGACAUGAGCAAUAGGAGAGACGAAACUACCAAUGGCAAGGAUGAUGCUGAUGCCAAAAAUUCAGAACUGAGAAGUGAUCGUGCUAAGUCACCGAAAGAUCAUGCUGAAAGGCGAAGAAGGAGCACUCCUUCACCUAAGGCACUGCCACGUCGAUGUGACUCUCCACACCCACCAGAAGUAAAGGAAAAGAGAGGUGGUGGCGAACGGAGAACUAGAAACACUUCCCCACCUCCCGGUCAAUACUGCCGUCGUAGCCGUGCUGACUCUCCGUUGGCCUCAGCAGAGGAAAGGGAAAUCCAACCAAGGUACCAUAGACGAGAGCCUUCUCCCAGUGUGGAUAAGCGACGUCGAUAUAACUCCCCAUCUCCGGCAUUAAAGUAUCGUCAACCUUCGCCCCCCCCACCUCCACUUCUUCCUCCAGAUGGCAACUCGCCUCCCAGGCGUCGAAAUGCCAACCGUCCACCCUCUCCCCCCCGCCGACGAAGUCGAUACGUUUCACCACCACCUUCACGCCGACACCGCGAAGACGACUUGGUUGAGGAAAGACGGGGCCAACGUCAACGCCGACAUGAAGUGAGAUCCGAGAAGGUGGAAGAGGAAAGGUCGCGGACUCGUAGGUCAAAUGAAAGACGAAAUCGAUCGCCUUCAAGGGAGCGAGGCGAAAGAAUGCUGCGAAAUGCCUCCCCACCACCGUUGUCGUCAUCGGUGCACAGUCGAUCGCCGUUUAGGGGACGGAGGGGAAGGCGGUCACCUAUUCCUUCCCGCUAG